AUGAAAAUCUCCGGUGUUUCCCUCAUUGUUCUGGCCGUAUUCUGCUGCCGUCGUUUGGCUGCGAUCUGCCCGCCUGGAUGGCAAGAAUUUGGCGAGUCUUGCUAUGCAGGGCUUCCCGGUAAGCCAUGGUCGAAAGCUAAUCUUACUUGUACCGAGUUACAAGCAACCCUUGCUGUGCCGAACUCUAAAGCCGAAAACUAUUACAUCUGGGGAUUCUUUGAGCCCAGAGUAGAUAUGUGGCUUGGCUGUAGCGACUUGGACAUGGAUGGAAACUGGACUUGUCUCUUCGGAGGGGAGUCAAGUGGCUUUCAGAAUUGGGGAAUAAACCAACCAGAUGGCAAUAAAGGCGAAGGAAAACCCGUUUGUGCAUGUACAACCGGAAGCAAAACCUGGGAUGAUCGGCCGUGUGGAAAGGGUUACCGCGCAGUCUGCAAGCGCCCGGUGCGCCACCCAGGAUUCUGCCUUGAGACGGGUCGUGAUGGUCGCCUUAUCGCCCCCAGUGUCUGA